AGGGAAUGCCACCAACUGCCAUUCUCCUUCAACCCUAGCCUCUCUGCUUUUCGUCUCAUAAUCAUUUUUCCAAUUGAUCAGAGCACACAAUCAACAAUGGUGGGCCUACCGUACGAUUGCUUGGCAAAUCCACUGGGAGCCGUCCGAUUGACAUUUGAAAAGGCGGUAGCUUCAGGCUCUGAUCCAGCCACUUUCGAUGGCAAGGACUGGGGCGCCACUGAUCUCUUCAGUCAGUUCCUUUUUGACGAUGGCGGUCUUUCUAAAGUUCCAUUUCUGAAUCCUUCAACAAUGUCAUGGGUGCAGCCGAACACUCUAGUUCGAUUUCGUGGAAUGAUACAAGACAUGUUGGGUAAUGAAUUCUAUGUUGGCGCAUACAAGGAGGGAGAAACUUGGAGAACAAAUAAGUUUGCUGACUUUUCUCAAUUCCCUAUGGCUACGGGUUCUUCACCUGACAUGCGUGUGUGGGAGCGCCGUUUACUUUACUGUGUUCCUGUUCCAGGGCAAAAUUCAUGGAUUGAACCUUCUUCUGGAGCCUUGUUAAAUCCACGUGCAAUUUCUUCAUCUCCACAGAGGGAGAAGCGCCAGAGGGACAAGGAUCUAGCAAUGAAUGACGUCAAUAUGCAAGUCACAGAUGAGGAGGUUCAAGAUUCCACAUCCAACAAAAAGAUGCGAGAGGAUGGAAUUGCUUCAGGUUCAUCAAAUUCAGGAAGCACUCCAACUGAGGGCGUUGGUUCUGCUACGAGUGUGCUUCCAAAUUUUGACACAACUUCUUUUCCAUGUUUCGUGAAGAUAUACGACUCUCCUGAAUCUGAUUUGAAGCUAAAUGAUGUUUUUGAGUUUAUUGGUGUCUUCACAUUUGAUCCGGAGUUUCCAGUGGACAAAAAUGGCAACAAUGAUUUGGAGAGCAGCUUCUAUGAUGAUACAUUGGUCCAGAUACCUCCUAGCAAGGUACCUCGACUCCAUUGCCUUGUUCACAGGAAGCUUACCGCUCAAGACUUUAUUCCAGGUCCACCCACAUUUGAGCUUAAAUCACAACUGGUGAAAGGAAUAAGGGAAGCUCUAGUAGGGCACCUCACGACUGUCCUAGGAAAUGAUGGUGUUGCAGCUAAUUUCAUGUUAUUACAUCUGUUGUCUAAGGUGCAUGCUAGAGUGGAUUCAAUUGCUGUUGGAAAGCUUUCCUUGAACCUAACAUGUUUUACCAAGGAAACUCGGUCUAUUUUUGGUCAUCGUCUUAAUCUUGCACUCCAGAACCUUCUACCGUUUACACAUUAUGUACCUUUAACAGUGGAUUACCUUAACAAAGUUUCUCUUGCCCCAAGAAAAGAUUAUCAAACUAACAGACUGGUAUCAGGGAUACUGCAACUUGCUGAAGGCUCUCAUUUAACCAUUGAUGAGACACAAUUACAAGCAGGGACUCUUAACUCUACCGGGGUUGAUAAUGCAAGAGUCCUGAAAAGCUUGUUGGAAUUGCAAAAGGUUGAAUAUGACUUCACUUAUUAUAAGAUGGACAUGCCUGCGGACGCUCAGUUGCUAGUUCUUUCUGAGGGGAAAUCCAAUAUACUCCCAGCAGAUUUGGUUUUACCAUUCCGUCCAUUGUCAGUAGAUGCUGCUCAAGAUGUUGAGACGGAAGUGCUGCAAUCUUGGAGAUGGUACCUGGCUACUAUGAGAUCAUUGUCACACUCUAUUGGGCAAGAAAUGCAGAAGGUGGUAGAAGAUGACUUAGUAGCUGCCAGGCAGGCCGAUAGAAGCUUAAGUAGUCAAGAUUUCAGCAGGUUACUGACAAUGGGACGUCUUAUAUCACUAAGUUUUGGUGAAACCUCUUUAACCCUUGAACAUUGGCAAAUGGCCAAAGAACUAGAGCGCCUUCGAAAGGAGAGAUUGUAGGGCAGCUCAUAAAACAUUACUGGAGCAGGAAAUUGGAUCAUAAACCGUGUAUACUUGUUAAGUGGAAUAGUGGAUCACUUUCUUCACUCUCUGUAUAAAAUGCCAAAUCUUAAGCUGUGCUAGUAGAAUGAACUGUCGUUCUGCUUAGCACUUCCGUGAUUAAGGUUAUGUUAUGUACUCUUAUCAAUAUAAAUUUUCUUCUUGUGAACAA